AUGAUUUUCAAUCCACCGUCCUCUGACAAAAUGCAGUUCCUCAAUGAUAUUAUGAACUCAGGAAGCUUCUGUUACAAUCUAAUCUUCUUUUUACAGCAAGUGGAGGAGGCAUUCGAUUUCUGGGGUACUCCAGAAGGUGAUCUGGUCCAUCCUGCUGAGUGUAUGCAGCAGUUACCGGAGACAGUUAGGCGUCAUAGAGUCAAUGUCGAUGGCAAUGUCUGUACUGUCAUGGUAACCACUUUGGUUCUUGAGGGAUGGCAGCGGAAACUUGAUCCCAGGAUCGAUGGAGAUUUAAAUUUUCCUGAUAACUAUGCUCCAUUUACAUUUCAUGAAGGCUUGCUUUCCAGUAAGCAAGGUGCCUACAUUGCAGAGUCUAUCGCUGCUAAGAACAUGAAACAAGCGAAGAGCCGUUUUCGGAUGUAUGAGGAUGCCACAGAUCAUGGUGGUUCUAAUCAUUCUGCAAAAGUAGAGCCAGCCAAUGGUUGUACUGGUGAAAGGGAAACUGGGAAGUCUGCAAAGAAACUUGAUAAAGGAAGGACUGCAAAGGAGGAGGCAUCCAAACGUGAGAAGCCGCAAGGCACGACUGUAUAA